AUGUUUUUUCUAUGGUUUCUCACCUGCGUGUGCAUUGGUUCAGUCUGCGCUCAACAAUCCUACGAUGGAACAUUAUGUUCUUCGGAUGCCAAUUAUCCAGGUACAAGAUACACCUGCAAUUCCUUGCAAAAAUCAUGCCAAACUUUCUUGGUCUACCGAGCCAACGAACAGUUCCAGACUGUCUCUGAUAUUUCUAGCUUGUUCAGCAUGGACCCUGAUGAGUUACUAACCUUGAACAAUGUCACAUCUUCACAGAUUCUCAAACCAGGUCGGGAAGUUCUUGUUCCCAUCAACUGUUCCUGCUCAGACAAGUUUUUUCGGGCAAAUUUUAGUUUUAUUGUGCCUCUAGGCAGCACGACAUUCACAGAGAUUGCUUGUGGGGUUUUCGAAGGUUUAGUGAAAUCAGUAACGCUAGCUGAUGAAAACCUGCCUCUACAAAACAAUCUCAAUGUUGGUUCUAUGCUUCAUGUGCCUUUGAGAUGUGCCUGUCCUGAUGAUAAUUUCUCUAGUAGUUCAGGGGUGAAGUACCUUGUGACAUACCCUUUUGUAGAGGGAGAUGAUACAGAUAAAAUAAGCAAGAAAUUCAGUAUUCCUCUUGAUGAUUUAUGGGAAGCUAAUCAUUUAGAUCCUAACCCCACAGUUUAUCCAAACACAACUGUUUUGGUUCCUUUGAAAGGCGAACCAGUGCUUAAUUUCAACAUUCCAGACAUUCAACCUCCAACUCCAGGUUUUCUUCCCACAAGAUCAGUAGAACAAGGGACAAAACCUAAGCAACUAGAGAAAUUGUACAUUGCAGGAUCGGUCAUUGGGUUCAGUCUGCUACUUGUAACAUUACUUGCACUGGGAUUAUAUGUAAAGGCUCUAAACAAAUGGAAGGCAGAGCACUUUCAGUCUUCAAUGGCCAGAAACUCCCUGACCCCUUGUUCAUCACCUCGAAGCUCCCAACUUUCUGGUCCGACGCCUAGAAGCUCAACUACUAAUUCAUGUUUAUCUCCAGAUCUUCUUGUUGGAAUAAAGUACUCCUUGUGCAAUUACAGCGCUGAGGAGCUCAGAAGAGCAACAAAGGAUUUCAGUCAAGAUGCUCAGAUAAUCGAUUAUGUCUAUAAGGGGUUGCUUGAAAACAUUGAAGUGAUGAUCAAACAAAUGAGAUUUGAAGACACUCGCCAAAUCAUUGAUGUACACUCAAAAAUCAAUCACGUCAAUAUUGUGAAAUUACUUGGUGUUUCUUAUGGUGAGAAUGACUUUUCUUGGUCUUAUCUUGUGUUUGAAUUCCCCACUAAUGGUUGCUUAAGGGACUAUCUAUCCAGUUCAUCAAAUCCUCUCCGUUGGCGUCAAAGGACUCAAAUAGCUUUUGAUAUGGCAAUGGGGAUUCAUUACCUACACUACUGUAUGGUUCCUCCCUAUAUUCACAUGCGCAUAAAUAGCAGGAAUAUUUUCUUGAUGUCAAAUUGGAGGGCAAAGCUAGCAGUGUUUGAAUCAAUUUCUGCUGUUGGAUCAUCAAAAGAAAUUGAAACCAUGUCGAACAUUGGGGGAUGGGUUGCACCAGAGCAUCUUCUUAAUGGAUUGGCUUCCGAAAAGGCUGAUAUAUUUGCAUUUGGAGUUGUUAUGCUUGAGCUCAUCUCAGGAAAAGAGGACUUAGAUGGGAAAUUGUUCAAAGAAUCCAUUGGAUUCUUGGGAGGCUCAGCCACUGAGGGGGGUUGUUUUGAGCAGUUGAAAAUUUUCCUGGAUCCGCGUUUGAAGGACGAUUAUCCUCUAGCUGAGGCGUUAUGCCUGGCCGUUUUAGCUAAGGCUUGUGUGGAAGAUGACCCUAUGCAUAGGCCAUCCAUGGAUGAUAUCAUUAAAGUUCUUGCCAGAAUGGUAUGA